ACACACACACACACACACGCACACUAUAAAGUAUACCUGUAUCACGGUAACGCAGGUACAUUUAAAUCGCCGAUUGCUAAAAAUCCUCGAUUCAUUCAACCGUGCGGUGUCGAACGAGAAGCACAUAUCAUUAUAGAUUUUCACGGUAAAAACCACAAUGACGGCUUCGAGGAAACACGAUUUGCCUCACUUUGUGGCCAUCAACAGGAUCAUGAAAUUGCCGGUGGUGUCGUCGGGCGUAAACAAAGCGACGUACAUUUACGUAAAAGUUAAGAUGUCGAACAGAGUGAUUGGAUAUAGCUUGGAAAGCGCAGAAAAGACCGUAUUGAGCGUCGUAGACAUGUCAGUUCCCCUGGUCAUCAAAUUCGAAGACCCGAUUAACAGAAUUGACGAUAUUAUGUGUAAGUCGUUGGACGUCGUCGAAUACAACGUACCGAUGGUGACCUACACUCCAGAAGAGAUUUAUUUCACAACCAAGACCUUCGUCAAGGCGAAAGUUGAGCCGGUGCUAAAACGUGCAGACUCCGUGAAGCAGCUCAGCAUGUUGGACGACGCUUUAAGCGUGGCUGACAAAUACGUGGACAAAUACUUGCCGGACAAGGAUCCGGGCGAGGACGCGGCCGACAAACCGAUCCCGAUCUAUACCAAAUGUCGGCAAUAUAUUGUGUUGUUGUUGCCUACUGCAGGUACAGAACCGUCUAGCCAGGCAGUGAAGACUAUCCGACACGUCAACCACUUUUCCAGAAAACUGCAAAGGCGCUUGACCCGCAGGACGAUUGCCGAGGCCAAGCUGCUCAAAAAACAGGGAUACGAUACCGUCCAGUGCUUCGUGUAUUUCGCAGAUCUCUUGGCCAAAGACCCUAAAGCGUUUUCGGAAAAAAUGAAGGCCAUCUGGAAACACCUGAGUGAGGACGAACCAGAAAAUCAAAAGCCACCAGAGAAUAUUGAACAGCUCAUCGAAAUGUUGUCGAGGGAGGGAGCUAGACGUUUCGUGCACUUGACCAACUUCGUAGCCAAAAACAUCAGUAUGGGACCCGCAUACUUGGGACAUGCAUUCACCUACGCUUCCCAGGAGGCUGCCGUCUUGGCGGACCAAAUCAUAAAGUACGCCCACUUGGAAAAUGCGAAAGGCACAGUUGUGCAAUUUACCAAUAUGCAGUUGGCCAAGUACAAGAAACUCGUCGAAGAUCUAAGGAAAUUAAUACUGGAGUAUUUAUCGUCAGUGUCAUCGAAAAUAAACGAGUCAAAAAAAAAAGAAACCGAAAAAGAUAAUAAAAACAGCGGAACGGUCGCUACCACCAAACCGUCGAAAGGCAAUAAGGUGAAUAGCGCACCAGCCGCCAAUGUAACGACCAACGGAAAGCCUUAGUCCUAAGCUUUAUUCAAAUAUUCAUCCAUCAAAUACGGCAUAUUUUUGUCAGUUAUAUUUAUUUUAUUUUAUAAGCGUCUGAUUUUUAGAAUUCUUUUUACUCUUGAUUUGUUUUUAUCUUAUUUUUUUAUAAUAAUAUGUGAACGUAUUGCAAUAUAUUAUGAUACAUAUAAUAUGUAAUUAUAAAAUAUUGUUUUGAUUUUGGAAAAUAUUAUAUUGUAUGUGAUUUACACGUGAAUAUUUAUAAUUUGUAACAAUAAACAAAUAUAUAAAUUAUGUCAUAUCGUUA